AGUCUAUCAGCUUGCCUUCGCAUAUACAAUAAGGCAUUUUUGUCGUCGUCGUCGUAUCUUUGUAUCAGCGCCCGGUGGUGCUCGCAAUCAGCUAAACAGUUUUAAUUUUCUAUCCGAAGUGUACGCUGUGUGCCGCGGUGCAACGGCGUAGUUACUACAUAGUACAAAGUGUGUUCAGACGGACAGACAUACUUGGACCAAGCCAAGCCAAGCCAAGCCAACCAAGAACAAGGGCAGGCAGACAGACAGGCCCCCCGCCGUAUGAAGUGCAAGUGUGAAUGUUUAUCGUCGAUAUCCACAACAAGAAACAAAAAAAAAACACACACACACACAGAGAAUUAUUGUUCAGUGAAUAUUAAAGCGAUAAUCUAAACAAAUCCAACGACGUUGUCGCUUAAUAUUGGGAAGUGGUUGCCGCCGUGCGUGUGCGCUCGCCGCUGAAACGAAAUUUGCAACCCUUCGAAAAAAAUACUAGAAAUAAAAGUUAUUAUGAAGUAAACAAUAGUUUGUUGUGAUAAUUAAGAAAUGUCGAUAUGCAAAAAUGAUCUGAGAACUGUUUGGAUCAAAUGUUGAAAGAACUCUGAAUAAAAGCUUUGUUAUGCGUGUGGAAACUGAUUUCCGAAAUUUACUACUGAUCGUCACUGCCAGAGUAACAACGGCGAAAACCACAACAAAUACGUGAAAUCUUAUGCAAAACCACAGCAACGCGAAUGCUGUGUGUGAAAGUAUAAUUGGAAGGAAAGAGUAAAAAAUCGUUAAAUACAAAAGCAACUAAAAAAAAAAACAAAACAUAACACAACAAACCGCAUACCGCAAGCAAACGAGAGUACUCAAUACACCAACGAAAGUAUUACCAGCGCGUUUCCGUUACUGCCUCUUUCGAAUCAUUAAAAUUGCACUUUCAACAUUCCCGAAACAACAAGUCACUCGCUCGGUACGCGCGCCUGUGUCGCGAAUCCUUUUUAAAAAUAUAACUUUAAACUUUACUGACUUUUAUAAAAUAAAAAAUAGUAUCUACGUUACGUUAAUAAACCGACAAAAUGUUUGAUGUAUUCGGCUCCGUCAAGGGGCUGCUGAAGAUCGAUCAAGUCUGCAUCGACAACAAUGUCUUCCGCAUGCACUACAAAGCGACGGUGAUCAUAUUGAUUGCCUUCUCAUUACUUGUCACGUCGCGUCAAUACAUUGGCGAUCCCAUCGAUUGCAUUGUCGAUGAAAUUCCGCUCGGUGUUAUGGACACCUAUUGCUGGAUUUACUCCACAUUUACUGUGCCCGAACGUUUGACGGGCAUCACAGGACGUGAUGUGGUACAACCGGGCGUCGGCUCACAUAUAGAUGGCGUGGAUGAAGUUAAGUACCACAAAUACUAUCAGUGGGUGUGCUUCGUGCUCUUCUUUCAGGCCAUACUAUUCUAUGUGCCGCGCUAUCUAUGGAAAUCGUGGGAAGGUGGACGCCUAAAGAUGCUUGUUAUGGAUCUCAAUAGCCCGAUUGUGAAUGAUGAGUGUAAGAAUGAUCGCAAGAAGAUACUUGUCGAGUAUUUUAUGGGUAAUCUGAAUCGGCAUAAUUUCUAUGCUUUCCGUUUCUUCGUUUGUGAGGCGCUAAACUUUGUCAAUGUUAUUGGUCAAAUAUUCUUUGUGGACUUCUUUUUGGAUGGUGAAUUCUCCACAUACGGUAGUGAUGUAUUGAAAUUCACCGAAAUGGAACCAGAUGAACGUAUCGAUCCGAUGGCGCGUGUCUUUCCGAAAGUCACCAAAUGCACAUUCCACAAAUACGGUCCAUCUGGUUCGGUGCAAAAGUUCGACGGUCUCUGUGUGUUGCCAUUGAAUAUUGUGAAUGAGAAAAUCUAUGUAUUCCUGUGGUUCUGGUUCAUCAUCUUGAGUAUAUUGUCGGGCAUAUCGUUGGUCUAUCGCAUGGCUGUUAUAAUUGGUCCCAAACUACGUCAUCUGUUGUUGCGCGCACGUUCCCGUCUGGCCGAGAGCGAAGAGGUUGAAGCGGUGGCAAAUAAAUGCAAUAUUGGCGAUUGGUUCCUGCUGUAUCAGCUGGGCAAGAAUAUCGAUCCAUUGAUCUACAAGGAGGUGAUAGCGGAUUUGGCGCGCGAAUUGGGCGAACACCCGAGCAGCAAGCAACCAUUCGAAGCUUAGUGGCCGCAAAUGGGUAGCCACUUUUCUCGUACGAACUGCAACCUGAGUGCCACUGAAUACUAAACUAAGGUGUAUCAAUAUCCUUCUGCACACAUGCAUACAUGCCGCAACCCUCUUAUGUUAAAGAAAAACUACACACAAAUAAACAAGCGCACACGAAAAAUAACAAAAUAGCCUACUGAUGAAAAAAUCUCAACAAAUUGUAUAAAUUAAAUAAAAAUAUGCUGAGAUUUACAUGCGAUCCAGACACGAAUCGAUAAUUUCGAUAUACAUACAUACAUAUGCACAUAUGUAAUGCGAUUUUUACAUAUUUAUUUACAUAUAGUAUGUAUACCUACACAUACAUAUUUUAAAGAAAUAAGAAAUAAUUAUACAUACAUAUAAAGAAGAAGAAAAAACACCAAUAAAAUGCAAAGUCUACAAAGUAUCAAAAAAAAAACACACACACACACAAGUAACAACAACACUCCAUGCAUAAUGCCUACAAAUCAAACAAUGUAAAGUUAACAUUCUAAAAUAAAUGAGACAAAUCGUAGAAAUAAAUUCAGAGAUUUUUUACAAUUAAAAGAAAUAAAUUGUAGUUGUAGAAGGAAAUAAAUCUUAUGAAUUUCAUAUCUGUUAGUUUUUUGCUAACGAUGAUUAAAAUAUAAAAAAGUGUAGAUAUACAUACAUACAUACAUAGGUGUGGAAAAACCGCACACGCAUACAUACAUACAUACAUACAUACAUACAUACACAAAAAGCUGCAUUUGGCAGAGAGCGACACAUAUUUUCAUAUAUUUACACUUAAAUCAAUCAAAUAUUUAAACAGAAAAGUAAGAAAUAUCGAGGGGAGUACCUAUGUACUAAUCUAAAUGAAAAUACAAUUUUUUAUAUAAAUAUUUAAUAAGAGUUGUGAUCAUUGAUUAAGAAAUUUAUUAAUUAUUAUUGAUACUGCUAGCAAUUUACACGUAAAUGCUUGUCGAACGGUCGGACGAACAUUGUAGAUGAGGGAAAAUGUUUAAUUAGCGAUCUAAUAAACUAUAAAGACAUUGCAAAUUAAAAUCAAUCUAUACCUAAUAAAAAACGCAAAUAGCGGUUAAUGCAAACACUUUGACAGAGAAACGAAUACUGCUUCUACAAAAACAAAAAAAAAACAAUACUGCUUACGAAAAAGUACGUAUAUUAAGCGCAAAUUAUACAUUUAAUUUAAUUACUUAUACAUAUUUUGAAAUAAAUAAUUUUUUUUGUUAAAUGUAAGUGAUUUUAUUUAUCAUAGUUUCCAUCAAUAGUUUACGUAAUUAAAAACCUAGUUGCAUAUUUAAUGUUAGCGCAAUUUUUAGAUUUUUUUUUUUCAAUAU